AUGGCCUCGCAUCAACCCCUCGCGCUACACGCCUCUGUUAUCCAGCCCGACGGCCAACAGGCUCGGAUUCCUCUUGACUGCAGUCCCUCCAGCCAGCCCAGUCCCCAGCACCAGCCUGGCCAACACCAAUCACCACGGCUCAACGCCCACUGCCACCAAAUGCAGCCUCCUCCUCCACCUCCUCCACCUCCUCCCCCACCUCCACCUCCACUUCCUCCUUCUCAGCAUCAUCUUCAUCAUCAACACAAACAAUCACAACAACAACAGCAGCAGCAGCAAGCGCUCGACAGCCUUCCUUCGAUUGCGCGUCUCUCGCAGCCGGGAGAGUCGCAGCAGCUCGUCUUCCGUUGCCACCUCUGCCAUACAGCCCGGAAGGACCGCCUCUCCGCCCUGCAGCACUGGUCCACCGAUCAUCCUGUCCAAUGGGCCAACAUGACGGUCAAACUGGCCGUUGCUAGCGGCGCCCCUCAGGAGGUUCUGGCUCGCUUCUCGGCGCCCCCUGGGCCCGGCCUCUCCGCAACUGCCGAGAGCGCUCAGCUGGCUGCGGCCGGCCCGCUAACCUGGACGACUGGAGCUCCGAAUCAGCCCAAUGGAGUCUCCGCCUCUUCAACAACGGCCUCGUUUUCCUCCUCGUCCCCUUCAUCCUCUUCGUCCUCAUCUUCUUCACCCUCCUCCUCGUGCUCUUCUUGUGCCUCCUCCGUCUCACUCGACCCGCCUGGCAUGUCAUCCAUGGCACUGCUGCCAGGCGACGAGUCUGCCCGUCUAGUUACCUGCUGCUGCGUCUGCCUGCAUCGAUUUGGUAGCCAACAGGAUCUGCAGCGCCACAUGCGUUCACACACCGGCGAGCGGCCCUACCAAUGCGCCGAAUGCGGCAAGGAGUUCUCUCUCAAGCAUAGCAUGCACCGGCACUCGAGAGUCCACCAGAAGCCCAGUCUCAAUCUUAGCCCCAGCCGGUCGUCAGGACCGAUGGGUGCCUGUGUCUUCGGCGAGGCGGCGUCGCCACAGCCCUCCUUCCAUGCCUCGGAGAUGUCCGGCAACUGCGGUCGGCCUGUGGGUGUCUCUGAGUCUGCAACAGUCUGA